AUGAUCAUGACCAUUACUACUUCUCUCUUCUUGUUUCUCUCUUUACUUGUUCUCUCUUGUUUUCUCCAAGUUUCUUCUAAUGGAGACGCUGAGAUUUUAACCCGGGUCAAAAAGACCCGACUUUUCGACCCGGAAGGAAAGUUACAAGAUUGGGUCAUUACCGGAGAUAAACGGAGUCCGUGUAAUUGGACGGGAAUCACAUGCGACGUCACAAACGGUGGUUUCGUCUCCGUCACGGCGAUUGAUCUCACCGGUUAUGGAAUCUCCGGUGAAUUUCCUUACGGAUUCUGCCGUAUUCGUACGCUCGUCAAUAUCACUCUUUCUCAAAACUAUCUCAACGGUACGAUAGACUCUGUUCCACUCUCCCUUUGCUCUCGGAUUCAGGUUUUGAUUCUUAACGUAAACAACUUCUCCGGGAAGUUACCGGAAUUUUCGCCGGAGUUUCGUAGUUUACGAGUCCUUGAAUUGGAAUCAAACUCGUUCUCCGGCGAGAUUCCUGAGAGUUACGGGAGAUUUACAGCUUUGCAAGUUUUGAACCUUAAUGGCAACUCGCUCAGUGGAAUCGUUCCGGCGUUUUUGGGUUAUCUCACUGAGUUGACUCGUCUUGAACUAGCUUACAUCGGAUUCGAGCCUGGUCCGAUUCCGGUUACGUUUGGGAAUCUGACGAAGCUGAGUUAUCUCCGAUUAACUCACUCAGGACUCGUCGGAGAAAUUCCUGAUUCGAUAUGGAAUCUGGUUUUGCUCGAGAAUCUGGAUUUAGCAAUGAAUUGUCUCACCGGAGAAAUACCUGGAAGCAUCGGAAAACUCAAAUCGGGUUAUCAGAUUGAGCUUUACGAUAAUCAGUUAUCCGGAAAAUUGCCAGAGAGUAUCGGAAAUCUAACCGCUCUGAGGAAUUUCGAUGUCUCGCAGAAUAAUUUCACCGGUGAAUUACCGAAGAAGAUCGCCGCGUUACAACUCAUCUCCUUCAAUCUCAACGACAAUUUCUUCACCGGAGAAUUACCAGAGGUUAUAGCUUUGAAUCCUAAUCUAGUCGAAUUCAAGAUCUUCAACAACAGUUUCACAGGAAUUUUACCUCGGAAUCUCGGGAAAUUCUCUGAGUUAUCUGAAUUCGACGUCUCGACGAACAAGUUCACCGGUGAAUUGCCGCCGGAUCUCUGCUACAAGAAGAAACUUCAGAAGUUAAUCAGUUUCAGCAAUCAAUUGACCGGGAAAAUUCCGGAAUCUUACGGCGAUUGUCGUUCGCUCGAUUACAUCAGAACGGCGGAUAACAAACUCUCCGGCGAAGUUCCGGUCAAGUUUUGGGAGCUUCCUCUGACUCGUCUCGAGCUAUCAAACAAUCAAUUACAAGGUUCGAUUCAUCCUUCGAUAUCCAACGCUCGUCAUCUAUCUCAGCUCGAAAUCUCCGGUAACAACUUCUCCGGCGCGAUUCCCGUCAAAAUCUGUAAUCUCGGUGACUUAAGAGUCAUCGAUCUAAGCCGAAAUCGUUUCUCAGGAUCGAUUCCGUCUUGCAUUAACCGAUUGAAGAAGCUAGAAAGAGUGGAGAUGCAAGAGAACUUACUCGACGGGGAGAUUCCGAGCUCGAUGAGUUCAUGCACCGAGUUAACCGAGUUGAAUCUCUCGAAUAACCGAUUACGCGGCGGAAUACCACCGGAACUCGGUGAGUUACCGGUUUUAAACUAUCUAGAUCUCUCUAACAACCAACUCACCGGUGAGAUUCCGCCGGAGCUUUUGAAGCUGAAGCUAAACCAAUUCAACGUCUCCGAUAACAAACUCUACGGUAAAAUCCCUUCUGGUUUUCAACAAGAUAUUUUCCUACCGACUUUCUUGGGUAACCCGAAUCUUUGUGGCCCGAAUUUGGAUCCGAUUCGACCUUGUCGAUCCAAACCCGAAAGCCGGUACAUCCUCGUUAUAUCCGUACUCUGUAUCGUUGCACUAACCGGAGGUUUGGUUUGGCUCUUUAUCAAAACCAAACCGUUAUUCAAGAGAAAACCGAACGGGGUAAACAAAGUAACCGUUUUCCAACGGGUUGGUUUCACUGACGAAGACAUAUACCCACAGUUAACCGAAGAUAACAUAAUCGGGUCGGGUGGGUCGGGUUUGGUUUACAGAGUGAAACUCAAAUCAGGUCAAACGCUCGCGGUGAAGAAACUAUGGGGAGGACCGGGUCAAAAACCCGAAUCCGAAUCAGUAUUCAGAUCCGAAGUUGAGACGUUGGGUCGGGUUAGACAUGGUAACAUUGUGAAGCUUCUCAUGUGUUGCAACGGCGAGGAGUUUCGGUUCUUAGUGUACGAGUUCAUGGAAAACGGCAGUUUGGGUGACGUUUUGCAUUCGGAGAAAGAACAUCGUGCCGUUUCUCCACUUGAUUGGACGACGCGGUUUUCGAUCGCCAUUGGUGCUGCUCAAGGACUUGCUUAUCUACAUCAUGACUCUGUUCCGGCGAUUGUUCAUCGUGACGUCAAAAGCAAUAACAUAUUGUUGGAUCAUGAGAUGAAGCCACGUGUCGCCGAUUUCGGUUUAGCUAAACCGUUGAAGAGAGAAGAUAAUGAUGGUGUUUCCGAUGUUUCGCUGAUGUCUUGUGUUGCUGGAUCCUACGGCUACAUUGCUCCGGAAUAUGGUUAUACGUCGAAAGUGAAUGAGAAGAGCGAUGUUUAUAGUUUCGGUGUAGUGUUACUCGAAUUGAUAACCGGAAAAAGACCAAACGAUUCGUCUUUUGGAGAGAACCAGAACAUUGUUAAGUUUGCAAUGGAAAUAGCUUUAUGUUACUCUUCUUCAUCACCUGAAGACGAAGCCAUGAAUCGCGAUUCACGUGGGAAUUAUCGAGAUCUUAGCAAGCUGGUGGAUCCAAAGAUGAUACUUUCCAAUAGAGAUUAUGAAGAGAUAGAGAAAGUUCUUGACGUUGCGUUGCUAUGUACGUCGUCGUUUCCGAUUAAUAGACCGACCAUGAGGAAAGUGGUAGAGUUGCUCAAAGAGAAGAAGUCAGUAGAGUGA